GGUUAAAUGUGUUUGUAUUUUUAAUUCGUAAUCCAGAAAAAAUAUAAAUUAAACAGCUGUUACUUUAUAUAUACGACGAAGCUAAAAGAUUAACACACAAAAAUGGGGCGCCGAUCAAUUAAUACCACUAAAAGUGGUAAAUACAUGAAUCCAACAGACCAAGCAAGAAAAGAAGCAAGGAAGAAAGAAUUAAAGAAAAAUAAAAGGCAAAGACAAAUGGUAAGAGCAGCUGUGCUUAAAAUGAAAGAUCCCACACAAAUAUUGGAGGAAUUGCAGAAAAUCGAUGAAAUGGAGUACAAUGUAUUGCAACCUUCACCACUGAAUGAGAAAGUACUAAAGGAGAAACGAAAAAAGCUGAGAGAAACCUUUGACAGGGUUCUCAAAAUGUAUGAUAAAGAUGACCCUGAGAAAUGGGUAGAACUGAAACGCCAAGAAAUGGAAUAUGAGAAGAGGAGAGCGCAUUUGAUUUCAUAUUAUGAAUCAGUAAAACAUGCACAGUCAGUACAAGUCGAUGAUAUUCCCUUACCGACAUUACAAGUUCCUGAAAAUGUUAUUUACAGUAGUGUACCAUCACAAAUUCCAUUGCCGAUGGAUAUUACAUAUCCUUCUGUACCUGUCAAACCGAUAUUGAAGAAAGAUACUGCAUACAGAGACAGACCAUCUGGCUUAGAGCCUCCAGGAGUUCCGCCCGGUCCGCCUGCCGACUUCCAAUUGCUCCUCCUCGAAGCCGCUAAGAAUGAUCCGUUAUCCACUAAGAAGGACUACCGGUCUAAAGUGGAGUUCAUGAAAGAGAAAAAGAACAUCCGAUUCUCUGAUAUGGCUGACGAGGGACCGCCAGGCGAAGCUGCUCCCCUUAGCACAGUGCCACAAAAUUCAGUCCCGUCAAUGAACAACUUUGAUGGGGAAGCGAUAGAGGAUGAUCGCCCGGCGAGUCCACCAGGUGUCCCGUCGCUGGUCCCCCCCGCAGCACCCAAGCCUACUUCUCUUCAGCAGAGAAUGCUGGCAUUAUCCGGACAAAAUAUAGAUGACUUUAUGAAAGAGAUGGAGGAAGUACACAAGAAGAGGGAAAGAGAUAGAGCGGCAGAUUUGAACGCCAGGUUAAGUGCAUUGAAGCGUAGUGGCCCUGCACCUGGCGUUGCUCGUGACAGCGAUUCUGAUAGUGACAAUGAGACCAUGAUGCCUCCUAAUCCUCAACUUCAGGAGUACCUCGAACCACCUGGCGUAGAAAUGAGGCAAAUGCCACCUCCUCUUAUGCCACCAGGUCUCCGUCCACCACUUCGAGCACCUCUCGGCCCGCCACCCGGUCGCCCGGCGAUGCGACCGCCAGCGCCGCCUGGACCACCGCCAGGGCUUCCCCCACGAGCAUUGCUGCGGCCGCCAGGGCCGCCUCCAGGGGCGCCCCCGCGGCUUCUCCGUCCGCUGCAGCCACCACCGCCCCCGAAGCCUAUGCCGCAACUAUCAGUGCUUACAGCGGCCCCUCAACUUAUACCGAAGAAGGAUGGUUCGCAAGGAGCCACUAUCAGUGCAAAGCCACAAAUCAGGAAUCUUUCUGCUGAUGUCACUAGAUUUGUACCUUCAGCGUUACGAGUUAAACGGGAGGACAAGAAAGUCAAACCUGGUGUAAAGUCUGCCUUGCAAAGACCAGCGGACGUGCCCAAACAGGCGCCGACUAAAGACGACGCUUACAUGCAAUUUAUGAGGGAAAUGGAGGGACUUUUAUAGUUUAGUUUGUAAUGUAAAUAAUUAUGAGUCAAUAAAUAGCUAAGAAUAUUAA